AUGGCAGACCCAAGACCUUUUCUUCCAUCAGAUCCCAAUACCCUGCCCUGCACCUACACCCCUCUGCCAAAUGGAGCCAACCCGGAUGGAGGAGCCCCGGAGACCAGGAAGAGGCACUUGAAGGAGCUCCUAGCAAUCUUUUCUGGGUUGCUUAUGGUUUCCCUGCUGGUGGUCAUUAUAAGUGGCAAGGAGCCAAAUUCCCAUAAUGCAAGCAACAAACAUGAACCCUUGUUUUUGGCUAAACAGCCUCAUACAGCACGCCCCGAGAAAUUGAGGCCAGUUUCUAGGGGCGUGCCGGCCGGAGUGUCCGAGAAGAUGAACCGGUUAGCCGGUGACGUGGACACGCCGGUGUUUCCAUGGAACAAUAGCAUGUUGUCAUGGCAGAGAACUGCCUUCCAUUUUCAGCCUGAAAAGAAUUGGAUGAAUGAUCCCAACGGUCCAUUAUUUUACAAGGGUUGGUACCAUUUCUUCUACCAGUACAAUCCCAACAAAGCAGUAUGGGGAGACAUAGUUUGGGGACAUGCUGUGUCCAAGGACUUGAUCCAUUGGCUUCACCUUCCUCUGGCCAUGGUGGCUGAUCAGUGGUAUGACAUCAAUGGCGUUUGGACUGGCUCAGCCACCAUUCUCCCUGAUGGUAAAAUUGUCAUGCUCUACACUGGUUCAACCAAUGAGUCUGUCCAGGUCCAAAACCUUGCAUAUCCUGCUGACCACUCUGACCCUCUUCUCCUCAACUGGGUCAAGUACUCAGGCAACCCGGUCUUAGUCCCUCCCCCGGGCAUCGGGUACAAGGACUUCCGGGACCCUACCACGGCAUGGUUCACAUCAGAGGGCAAAUGGCGGAUCACCAUUGGGUCCAAGCUUAACAAAACUGGGAUAUCUUUGGUUUAUGACACCAAGGACUUCAAAACCUAUGAGCUUCUGAAUGGGGUGCUUCAUGCUGUCCCUGGGACUGGAAUGUGGGAGUGUGUGGAUUUUUAUCCGGUGUCGAAAACCAGUGACAAGGGAUUGGAUACUUCUGUGAACGGGCCUGAUGUGAAGCAUGUGGUAAAGGCUAGCCUUGAUGAUGACAGGAAUGAUUACUAUGCGUUCGGGACUUAUGAUGAGAAGACUGGCAAAUGGGUUCCUGAUAACGAAAAGAUUGAUGUUGGUAUUGGAAUUAGGUAUGAUUAUGGCAAAUUCUAUGCCUCCAAGACUUUCUAUGACCAAAACAAGGGGAGGAGAGUGUUGUGGGGUUGGAUUGGAGAGUCUGAUAGUGAAAGUGCUGAUGUCCAAAAGGGAUGGGCCUCUCUUCAGGGAAUUCCUAGAACAGUUUUGUUUGACCAGAAGACUGGAAGCAACCUACUUCAAUGGCCGGUGGAGGAGAUUGAGAAGUUGAGAUUGAGCAGCAAGGAUUUCAACAAGGUAGAGGUCAAGGCAGGGUCUGUGGUGCCACUUCAAGUUGGCACAGCCACACAGUUGGACAUUAUUGCCGAGUUUGAGUUGGACAAUAAGGUUUUAGAGAGCGUAGCUGAAUCCAAUGAGGCCUUCAGUUGCAAUACCAGCGGCGGGGCUGCCAAACGUGGCGCUUUGGGACCCUUCGGUCUUCUUGUUCUUGCAGAUGAGAGCCUCUCAGAGCAGACUCCUGUCUACUUCUAUGUUGCCAAAGGACCUGGCGGCAUUGUCGACACUUUCUUCUGUGCUGAUCAAACAAGGUCUUCUGUGGCAAAUGACGUUCGUAAAGUAAUUACUGGUAGCUAUAUUCCAGUUCUAAAGGAUGAGAAAUUAUCAGUGAGGAUACUGGUUGACCAUUCGAUCGUGGAAAGCUUUGCUCAAGGCGGAAGAACAACGAUCACAAAUCGGAUUUACCCAACCAAGGCAAUUUAUGGGGCUGCUAGGCUAUUUGUGUUCAACAAUGCCACAGAGACCAGUGUUACAGCAUCCAUCAAAGUAUGGCAGUUGAACUCUGCUUUCAUACGCCCAUACCACCAGGACGAAAGCAGCCUCGCAAGCUUCAACCAUGUCAACAUGCCUAAGCAGCAGCCUAGGAAAAUCUUACCUUUGGUCUUGCCCAAGUUGGUGGAGCCCAGCUCUUGGCAAACUUGA